AUGGAUCUGUUGUUUGACCAGAACCUCGAAAGCCUGCGUGCCAACAAACAGAGAAGGAGCAGAUCCAGACGAGUUGUACAUGAUGGUUCUGAUAUCGGCGUCCUUGAUCUGGUCGAAUGGGUCCAGAGCGUAGACUCCGUUUUUAAAGAUCUCGUGGAAAACAAAGCUGAUUCUGGCACCUCCGCUCAGCUCGUUCGAAGAGAUGUCUUUGGUUUGACCGUCCAAAAUUCCAGUGUAGUCGUUGCAGAAGUCGGUGAUCACGCUGAGCACGAUCGAGCUAGGCGUCUCUGCCAUCUCCGGCCCCAGAGCAGCGAGUUCCUGCUGGUAUUUCUUCAAUGCGGUCUCGAUUCUGGCCUUGAUCUCUGGCAAAGUUGUUCUGAUAUGGUUGAGCAAAAUGGCGUUCAGCUUCUUGGCCAGGUAUGGCGUACCGCAGUAGUGAGCCUUGCUGCUAUAGGAUGGGUGGUUCUCGAAGAAUCUUCUUUCGUCGUUCAGAGCCUCUCUGAUGGUCUUGUGGUUCUCAAUAUCCUUUUGUCCUCUAUUAAUGACCGGGACGUAUCCGGACCGCAAUGGGAUGACUCUGCCUGCCAGAAUGUCAAUAACGUCGGUUCCUUGGUCCAUCAAAUCGACCUUGGUCAAAACACCAAUGGUUCUGAGUCCUUCAGGGUCGACCUCUCUGGCCAGCUUCAAACCGUCACUAUUGGCCAGAUCCUGAUUGGCAGCAUUGACGGCCAAAAUGAUCGCGUUUGGUUUCGAAAUGAACUUCAUGAUCAUCUCACGAAUCUGUUUCUCAAUAUCCUUCGGCUGGUCUCCAACAGGAACUUUGGUCAGUCCCGGCAAAUCAACAAGCGUCAAGGUCAAAACGUGUGGAGAAUAGAUCCGCAAAUUGAUAGGAACCGAGCUAAUACCCGCGUUUUUUCCCGUCUUUGCUUCGGUCUCUCUCACGAUCUCCUGACGGAUGUCGUCAAAGUUGUAGAACUUCUUGCCCGGUAG